AUGGACUCAGACGAGGAGACGGACCCAUUCUCCAUUGUCUCGUCAGAAAUCGAAGCCCAGAUAAUCCUCGGCUUCGGAACUGCCAGAAAUGCACCUCCGGAGAGGGCAGUCGAGGCCGAAACGUUUGCCUACCAUGCUCUAGUCAGCGAAGGAGGCCGUCCAUCACAUCCUUUGAGCCUCCUCAAAAGCAUCGUCUCUGCGCCGGGCAAAUACCGUGACAUCUUAGCCUUCUGGCAAGACCAGUCAGACGAGUGGCAGGUCUUUGGCAAGCAGCUGACCAGAUGGAGGAUGUUCCUGUCUCACCAGAAAUCAUCUCGGCGCCCACCCCGAUUCCCCAAUCAUCUCGAAGAACUCACUGAACGGCUGGAACGUCACAGUUUUGCGCUUCCUCCUGGGUUUGAUAAGCCACCAAAUGGGUUCUGCAGGCAUAUAGAUCAGCAGAACAAGUUGGCAACCUGGAUAGAAUAUAUCAACUACGAAUUUACCAGGCGCGACGAGUACGACAAAUGGCUCGAGACGUGCCAGCCGGGCUAUGAUGCAGCUUUGGCUCAACUCAUGGAUGCACAGGUUCUGGGCCCAUUCGAGCAGGUCAGGACGCCAACGAGUGACAUUUGCCGCCCAUCCAGCCUCGAAGUUACCAGGCGAAGGGACGAACGCCGCAGGGCUGAGGAGGAAUGUGAGACGGCCAGGAACCGAUUAAAUUGGAACGAUCCGCUUGGGGGGCCGCGAACUAGCCAGCAAAUGGAACGAGAGCAACGCCUAUACACAGAGGCCAGAGAACGGCUAAGAAUGAUUAACAAAAGAGGCUAUAUAAUCGCAGACUUUGCUCGCAAGACACACGCCUAUCGGUUUGCCCAAGAGAGAUCAGAGCGUCACGAGCUGCUCUUGCGUUGGGCGCUGGAUCAGAUUCCCUUGAUCGAGGAAGAGCUCAGGAAGGAGGACCAGCUGGCCUUGGCUGGCAAUAUUCGAGGCGUCUCCCCCAUCUGCGACGGACCGCCGACGAAGCAGUCUUUUCCGCUUUUCCAACAACUUCCGCCCGAAAUCCGACAUCGCAUCUGGGGCGAGCUGAUCCCGAGGAGGCCAAGCGCGCACUUUUUCGACGUGUUGAAUCACCAGCGCAGACGUCAUCUGGCGCCGUCCUGGUCCACAGAGGAGUUUCGCGUGCGUGCCACCACUUCACGCAACUCUGGCUAUCUAUCCGUGUACACUCUCCUGGCGACCUGCCGAGAGUCGCGGCGUCUCAUCGAGAUAUACUACAUGUGUCGACAUCGCGGCAUAAAGUGUCCUCUAUCAGGCGGCACCAUCAAUUUCAACGAGCAACCGCCGGAUUUUCGGACAUUUGACUGGAUCCCGUUUGACGAUUUAGUCAUCUUGAACUUUCCACCUAUCCAGGUCCCUCACCUCCCGGCAGGAAAUGCCUUCACCCUGUCUCCUGGCCCGAACCAAGCCGCACGGAACAUUGGCGUGUGUGUCCCGACGGAGAUUAUGAGCAUGAACCACUUCAGUCCCACAGAUGAAGGCGAGGGCGAUGACGAUGCUGCGCAAAUCCCCCUGAUUCCAGAGUUCAUCAACAAGCUGCACAGACCCAUUCACCCGGAUCAUGAAAACGGCGUCGUUCGCCGGGGGAUCUGGAAGCUAUACCUCAUCGUCGAGGGGUGGGUUCCGAACCACACGACGAUGCAGGUAUCAGUGGGCAUCGACACCAACACGUCCGUAGACAAAUGGGCAGCCAACUACGUGUGCUGGCUCUCCCACUCCGCAAGGAAAGAGGAACGGACUCAGCUGUGGAAAAGCAUAAUGGGAGAAAACCUGGAAGACGACCAGCCCCCUGAAGACAGCAACGAGCGUCGGCUGUGGUGGCUAGGCUCGGGAGAUUCCGCGCUGGCGUCCCUCUGCCCGAAUGAUUCCGUCCAAAAGUCCGCCGCGAGGAGGUUGCGUGAGUUCAUGGAGACGCUUGCCGGAGCGUGUGACUUGCAGCCGUGGCACAAGGGCUUCAAUGGCGUCGAGGCCCUGGGCUGGCUGGAGCCCGCGGGCAUGGAUGUGUUGGAGGCGAAUCCGUGGGAUGUAGUGGACAUUAUUCGGAACCGAGGCGGACGUCCGCCUGCUCAGUGGAAGGGCCGAGGGCAAUUUUCCAACUGA